AGGGAGAGAGAGGGAGAGAGAGAGAGAGAGAGAGAGAGAGGGAGAAGAGCGCGUUUGAGUCAAGAAGCUUCCAGUGAGCAGGAGGACGCGGCAGAAACUCUCCGUUAUUCUUUUCUCCGGAGAGUUUUUUUUUGUUUUGGGUCCGACAACAUAUUGCGCCUUUUUUUUUUUAAGCCGGAAUUUAAAUGCACAUAAUGUUGUAAAGCACGUGCGUGCGCUUUUAUUUCUUUAUUUAUUUUUGUAUUUUUUUUAAAUUUUUUAUUUUUUCACAUAAAGAAGCGGACUUUUUUUCCCCCCUCCUCACGUCUCAACAAACUUCCACCGGACUACUUUCUAAUAAUGACGCGCCGACAUGGAUUUUGGAACAUUUAAAAAAAAAAAAGCCCCAACGGAAGACGCGGUGAACUAUUUAUUAUCUGUCCACCCCCGCGCGCAAUUAAGGAGGACCUUCGGACUUUUUUGUUUCUAAAACAAACAAAAAAUUGAGGAAGAAAACGAAUUUUUUUUGUGUUUUUUUUUUUUUCACUUUUAUUUUGAAAAGAUGGAUUUAUCAACAACAUGGCUUGGCGCGUGUUUCCUGACACUUCUGGCGAGCGUGGAAGUCCCGGCGGAGGAAGGAGGGUCCGAGCCGUGUGGUGGCUAUCUGGACGCCACUAAUGCAGGCUACAUCACCACCCCCGGAUACCCACUGGAGUAUCCGCCCCAUCAGAACUGUCGCUGGAUAAUCACGGCGCCGGAACAGUCUCAACGCAUCGUGCUCAAUUUCAACCCACACUUCGAGAUUGAGAAACUAGACUGCCGGUACGACUAUGUAGAGAUCCACGAUGGCAACUCGGAUUCUGCCGACUUAAUGGGAAGGCACUGCAGUAACAUCGCCCCGGCACCCAUCAUAUCAUCCGGGCCCUCCCUGCACAUCAAGUUUGUCUCCGACUACGCCCACCAAGGAGCGGGUUUCUCCCUGCGCUAUGAAAUCUACAAAACUGGUUCAGACUGCUCAAGAAACUUCACCAUUCCCUCGGGUCUCAUCGAGUCUCCGGGCUUCCCUGACAAAUACCCUCAUAACCUGGAGUGCUCCUUCAUCAUCAUUGUGCCCCCCAGCAUGGAUGUGACCCUCACUUUCCUCACCUUUGACCUGGAAAAUGACCCCUUGCCGGGCGCAGAGGGGGACUGCAAGUACGACUGGCUGGAAGUUUGGGACGGACUUCCCGGAGUGGGCCCACUGAUUGGUCGCUACUGUGGGACUAUGGUGCCUCCCGAGAUCCAGUCAUCCACUGGCAUUCUCUCCCUGUCCUUCCACACGGACAUGGCUGUGGCAAAAGACGGCUUCUCGGCCCGUUACAACAUGACGCACAAGGAAGUCAGCGAGACGUUUCAUUGCAGCAACGCUUUUGGCCUGGAAUCCAGAAGGAUCACCGAUGAGCAGAUCACGGCUUCGUCCAGUUUCUAUGAUGAAAAUUGGCUGCCGCACCAGGCCAGACUCAACUACAACAACAAUGGAUGGACGCCCUACGAGGACAGCAGCAGAGAAUACAUCCAGGUGGACCUGUACACGCUGAAGGUGAUCACAGGCAUCGCCAUGCAGGGCGCCAUUUCCAAGGACACGCAGAAGUCAUACUACGUGACCACCUUCAAGCUGGAGGUCAGCACCAACGGAGAGGACUGGAUGGUCUACAGACAUGGCAAGAACCACAAGGUCUUCCAUGCAAACACCGAUGCCACGGAGGUAGUUCUCAAUCGGAUCCCGCAGCCGGUUCUGGCCCGCUUUGUGCGAAUCCGACCUCAGACGUGGAAGAACGGCAUCGCGCUGCGGUUCGAGCUCUACGGCUGCCAGAUAACCGAUGCUCCCUGCUCAGAGUUGCAAGGCAUGCUGUCUGGACUUCUGCCUGACUCGCAGAUCUCAGCAUCAUCCAUGAGGGACAUCCACGGCUCCAUGGGCGCAGCCAGGCUGGUGGCCAGUCGCUCAGGCUGGUUUCCCAACCCGACACAGCCCAUAGCUGGGGAGGAAUGGCUGCAGGUGGACCUCGGGGUGCCCAAAAUGGUGCGUGGACUCAUCACCCAAGGUGCGAGAGGGCUGGAGGGCAGCACCAGUGCGGAGAACCGAGCGUUUGUCAGGAAGUAUAAACUGGCUCACAGUUUGACCGGGAAGGACUGGACAUACAUGACGGACAGCAAGACGGGCUUUGCAAAGGUAUUCGAGGGCAACAGCCACUACGAUACGCCGGAGGUACGUCGCUUCGAUGAGCUGAUCACGCAGUACGUCCGAGUUUUCCCCGAGAGGUGGUCCCCUGCCGGGAUCGGCAUGAGGAUGGAGGUGCUGGGUUGUGACCUGCCAGAAAUGACCACGGUACCUGACACGGCCACUCCCACUCUGCCCAGGGUGGAGCGUUCCACUGCAGCAAUGAGACCUGCCACCACGCCGUCGCUGUGGGCCGUGUGUGACUUUGAGCAGAGCCUGUGCGGCUGGUCUGCUGAUCCCCAGUCAGGUGUCAGCUGGUCCCUGCACACGGCCGGGAGCGCUUCUGCCGGUCACGGCCCGCAUGAAACCAGACUGGACCUGACGCUGGGCUCCGACAAUUUCUCAGGGAACUACCUGCAUUUGGACGCGGGGUCUCACACCCUGCGCAAGCGCGCCAGGCUCCUGAGCCCCGAAGUGGCCCCUGAGCAAGGGCCGCUGUGCCUGGUCUUCUACUACCAGCUGCAAGGGGAAGCCCUGGGCAGCCUGAGGGUCCUGCUGAGGGACAGUGACCUGGAAGAGACCUUGCUGUGGACCUUGAAGGGAGAUCAGGGCUCUCACUGGCGGGAGGGUCGCACCAUUCUGCCCCAAAGCCCCAAGGAAUAUCAAGUGGUGUUUGAAGGGUUCUUCGACCACCCCACCAGGGGCCACAUCCGCAUUGACAACAUUCACAUGAGUAACAGCAUCAGUCUGGAGCAGUGUACACAGCCUUUUCCUCCAUUGACUCCCGGCAUAACAAAUCCCAGGCCCGUGGAUUUCGGGAAAGAAACCGACUUCAACAAGCCUUCACUGCGCGAAGAAGAAUAUCUUUACCCCGGGUGGCCCUCCCCUUUCUCCACCCCGGCGUCAGCUGACGGGGACCCCCCCUCCGUCACCCUGCUGUCGGACAAGGACAAGGACAAUGCCUGGCUGGACACCCUGGACCCCAUCCUCCUCACCAUCAUCGUCAUGAGCUCUCUGGGCGUCGUGCUGGGCGCCAUUUGCGCCGGCCUGCUGCUGUACUGCACGUGCUCCUACGGCGGCCUGUCGUCGCGCUCGUCCACCACGCUGGAGAACUACAACUUCGAGCUCUACGACGGCAUCAAGCAUAAAGUCAAGAUCAACCAGCAGAGGUGCUGCUCAGAGGCCUGAGGAGGACGACGUCAAAGCACGGUUCCUCCUCGCAACUCAUUCUAUUUCCAACGGAGGAACGUGGCUAAGAAGCGCUCGGAACUUCAAAUCCCCCGCCCGUGGGAGAGCGCCCCGCUCGCUUCUAGAACGCAGGAACGGUGUGGAUUGACCGGACACGAACACCAAUGACAAUCUGAACGUUGAGGCCUGGGAUGACAGGUUCCAAAGGUGGCGUGAUCCUCUGGGAAUGUUCGCGUCUGAGUACCAAAUGAAGGGACGAAGGAGGCCGCAUGCUGACAUUGUUCAAAGCCAAGUCCACACAUAUCAAGUUGAUGCCUUUUUCUUGAAGUCGCUUCGAAAAGAUCAACCGGGAAUACCGUAUUUUCCGACACGUAAGCCGCACCCACUAAAUUUUAAAAGAGAAAUAGAUUUUUGUUCAUAUAUUAGCCGCAACGGACUAUAAACCGCAGAUCUAUAUUGGUACGUACAGAAAUAUUACCGUAUUUUUCGGAGUAUAAGUCGCAUCGGCCGAAAAUGCAUAAUAAAGAAGGGAAAAAACAUAUAUAAGUCGCAUUUUUGGGGGAAAUUUAUUUGAUAAAAACACCAAGAGUAGACAUUUGAAAGGCAAUUUAAAAUAAAUAAAGAAUAGUGAACAACAGGCUGAAUAGGUGUUUGUUAUAUGAGGCAUAAAUAACCAACUGAGAAGGUGCCUGGUAUGUUAACGUAACAUAUUAUGGUAAGAGUCAUUCAAAUAACUAUAACAUAUAGAACAUGCUAUACGUUUACCAAACAAUCUGUCACUCCUAAUCGCUAAAUCCCAUGAAAUCUUAUACGUCUAGUCUCUUACGUGAAUGAGCUAAAUAAUAUUAUUUGAUAUUUUACGCUAAUGUGUUUAUCAUUUCACACAUAAGUCGCUCCUGAGUAUAAGUCGCACCCAAACUAUGAAAAAAACUGCGACUUAUAGUCCGAAAAAUACGGUAUGUACCGUAUUUUCCAGACUAUACAGCCAAACCCACUACAUUUUUGAAAAAAGAAACAUGUUUCCGUAUAUUAGCCGCGCCGGACUAUAAGACGCAGAUAUAUACGUUGUGAAAUGAGUUAUUUACACAGAAAAAUUUGAAAAAUGUUCAUGUAAGCCGCACCCACUAAAUUUUAAAAGAAAAAUAUAUUUUUUUCAUAUAUUAGCCACAACGGACUAUAAACCGCAGAUCUAUAUUGGCACGUACAGAAAGAUUAUGUACCGUAUUUUCCAGACUAUACAGCCAAACCCACUAAAUUUUAGAAAAAAAUAAACAUAUUUCCAUAUAUUAGCCGCGCCGGACUAUAAGACGCAGAUAUAUACGUUGUGAAAUGAGUUAUUUACACAGAAAAAUGUUAUAAAUGUUCAUGCAAGCCGCACCCACUAAAUUUAAAAAAAAAAAAGUUUUUUCAUAUAUUAGCCGCAACGGACUAUAAACCGCAGAUCUAUAUUGGAACGUGCAGAAAGAUUAUGUACCGUAUUUUCCCGACUAUACAGCCAAACCCACUAAAUUUUAGGAAAAAAUAAACAUAUUUCCAUAUAUUAGCCGCGCCGGACUAUAAGACGCAGAUAUAUACGUUGUGAAAUGAGUUAUUUACACAGAAAAAUGUUAUAAAUGUUCAUGUAAGCCGCACCCACUAAAUUUUAAAAGAAAAAUAGAUUUUUUUAAUAUAUUAGCCGCAACGUACUAUGAACCGCAGAUCUAUAUUGGUACGUACAGAAAGAUUAUGUACCGUAUUUUCCCGACUAUACAGCCAAACCCACUAAAUUUUUGAAAAAAGAAACAUGUUUCCGUAUAUUAGCCGCGCCGGACUAUAAGACGCAGAUAUAUACGUUGUGAAAUGAGUUAUUUACACAGAAAAAUUUUAUAAAUGUUCAUGUAAGCCGCACCCACUAAAUUUUAAAAGAACAUUUUUUUUUUAUAUAUAUAUUAGCCGCAACGGACUAUAAACCGCAGAUCUAUAUUGGUACGUACAGAAAGAUUAUCAACCGUAUUUUCCAGACUAUACAGGCAAACCCACUAAAUUCUAGAAAAAAAUAAACAUAUUUCCAUAUAUUAGCCGCGCCGGACUAUAAGACGCAGAUAUAUACGUUGUGAAAUUAGUUAUUUACACAGAAAAAUGUUAUAAAUGUUCAUGUAAGCCGCACCCACUAAAUUUUAAAAGAAAAAUAGAUUUUUUUUUCAUAUAUUAGCCGCAACGGACUAUAAACCGCAGAUCUAUGUUGGUACGUACAGAAAGAUUAUCUACCGUAUUUUCCAGACUAUACAGCCAAACCCACAAAAUUUUAGAAAAAAGAAACAUGUUUCCAUAUAUAGAAUAAAGUUGGUAUGGUAUGGUAUAUUAGCCAUCCCGGACUUUAGGACGCAGAUAUAUACGUUGUGAAAUGAGUUAUUUACACAGAAAAACGUUAUAAAUGUUCACGUAAGUCGCACCCACUAAAUUUUAAAAGAAAAAUAGAUUUUUUUCAUAUAUUAGCCGCAACGUACUAUGAACCGCAGAUCUAUAUUGGUACGUACAGAAAGAUUAUGUACCGUAUUUUCCGGACUAUACAGCCAGACCCACUAAAUUUUAGAAAAAGAAACAUGUUUCCAUAUAUUAGCCGCGCCGGACUAUAAGACGCGGAUAUGUACGUUGUGAAAUUAGUUAUUUAUACAGAAAAAUUUUAUAAAUGUUCAUGUAAGCGGCACCGACUAAAUUUUAAAAUAAUUGUUUUGUUUUUUUUCAUAUAUUAGCCGCAACGGACUAUAAACCGCAGAUCUAUAUUGGUACGUACAGAAAGAUUAUGUACCGUAUUUUCCAGACUAUACAGCCAAACCCACUAAAUUUUUGAAAAAAGAAACAUGUUUCCAUAUGUAGAAUAUAUAGAAUAAAGUUGGUAUGGUAUGGUAUAUUAGCCGCGCCAUACUAUAAGACGCAGAUAUAUACGUUGUGAAAUGAGUUAUUUACACAGAAAAAUGUUAUAAAUGUUCACGUAAGCUGCACCCACUAAAUUUUAAAAGAAAAAUCGAUUUUUUUUUUUCAUAUAUUAGUCACAACAGACUAUAAACCGCAGAUCUAUAUUGGUACGUACAGAAAGAUUAUGUACCGUAUUUUCCAGACUAUACAGCCAAACCCACUAAAUUUUUGAAAAAAAUAAACAUGUUUCCAUAUAUUAGCUGCAACGGACUAUAAGACGCAGAUAUAUAUGUUGUGAAAUUAGUUAUUUACACAGAAAAAUGUUAUAAAUGUUCAUGUAAGCUGCACCCACUAAAUUUUAAAAGAAUUAUUUUUUUUUUUUUCAUAUAUUAGCCGCAACGGACUAUAAACCGCAGAUCUAUAUUGGUACGUACAGAAAGAUUAUCUACCGUAUUUUCCAGACUAUACAGCCAAACCCACUAAAUUUGAGAAAAAAGAAACAUGUUUCCAUAUAUAGAAUAUAUAGAAUAAAGUUGGUAUGGUAUAUUAGCCAUCCCGGACUUUAGGACGCAGAUAUAUACGUUGUGAAAUGAGUUAUUUACACAGAAAAACGUUAUAAAUGUUCACGUAAGUCGCACCUACUAAAUUUUAAAAGAAAAAUAGAUUUUUUUCAAAUAUUAGCCGCAACGCAGAUCUAUAUUGGUACGUACGGAAAGAUUAUGUACCGUAUCUUCCAGACUAUACAGCCAAACCCACUAAAUUUGACAAAAAAAGAAACAUGUUUCCAUAUAUUAGCCACGCCGGACUAUAAGACGCAGAUAUAUACGUUGUGAAAUGAGUUAUUUACACAGAAAAAUUUUAUAAAUGUUCACGUAAGCCGCACCCACUAAAUUUUAAAAGAAAAAUAUAUUUUUUUCAAUUAUUAAACGCAACGGACUAUAAACCGCAGAUCUAUAUUGGUACGUACAGAAAGAUUAUGUACCGUAUUUUCCAGACUACACAGCCAAACCCACUAAAUUUGAGAAAAAAAUAAACAUGUUUCCAUAUAUUAGCCGCAACGGACUAUAAACCGCAGAUCUAUAUUGGAACGUACAGAAAGAUUAUGUACCGUAUUUUCCAGACUAUACAGCCAAACCCACUAAAUAAAAAAAUAAAAAACAUGUUUCCAUAUAUUAGCCGCGCCGGACUAUAAGAUGCAGAUAUAUACGUUGUGAAAUGAGUUAUUUACACAGAAAAAUUUUAUAAAUGUUAAUUUACAUACCUUAAUUGUUUCCAUGCGGUGUCUGUAACGCGGCAGUAAAACGUCUGAUCAAACAAAACAGAAGCCAUCGUCAUGGACCCACCCACUGGCUGCGGAAGCUAGGUCUUCAAUCAGCUAAACAGACUCAAUGAUGCAAAAAUAAUUACAUUGUAAGUUAAUAACACUAGCACGGACACUCGUAAAUGUGUUAGCAUAUUAGCUAAUGCUAACGACGCUAGCUUCAUUACAUCGCAAUAGCAGGUACAAAUAUGCAUGAAAACACUCCUACAGACAUCACACAUGGGACAGUUUAGUAAGUAUGAAUUGUUUUAGUUAUAUUGUAAAGCUUACAAACGUCGCUUGGAGUAAUGAAUGAAGAAUACAUACAAGUAGAAACGGUAUGGACGGCUAGAAGAGGGUACUUCCGGUUCUAAGCUCGGUCUAAACAGAAGAGCAGCACUGCAGUGAGCAAACUCGUCCAAAAGAAGGCGCCAUGGCACAAACAAUAACACCUAUGCAGUGUUUAGAUAAUUGACAUAAUGGUUGCAACGAAGAAAAAUCCAUAAAUUAGCCACACCCUUUUAUAAACCACUUGGUUAAAAGCGUAGGAAAAAAGGAGCGGUUUAUAGUCCAGAAUAUACGGUAAAUAUUUCUUUACAUACCUUGACUGUUUCCAAACAGUGUCUGUAACAAGGCAGCAAAACGGCUGAUCAAACAAAACAGAAAAAAUAUUGAUGUCUUAAUUCAUCCGUUUUUUUCCUUUUUUUAAUAAGGUUCAAAGUUAAUCAAGAUUCAUCUGAUUUCUUUGUUUAAUCCAUUCCAUGAUUUAGCCAUUGGCGAAGACAAAUCCAUAGGUUAGCCGCACCUUUGUAUAAGCCGCAGGGUUCAAAGCUUGGUAAAAAAAAAAAAAGGUAGCGGCUUACAGUCCGGAAAAUACGGUAUGUUACUUUGUAGACAAAGGAGGACGAAAAAGGACAUUUUCUUUCUUUCGGUUUCAGUUUUCCAUUUGAGUUCUGUGACUUGCUUGUUUGUAUUUUUAUGAAACCAGUGGCAUAGACGAGUAACGAAGCUUGUUUUAGGUUGUUUUUUUUAUAUACUUUUUAAAAAAGGUUAGGAAACUUCUUUGGUUUGUAAAACGUUCUUAAGGCUUUAGUCGGGUCUUAACUUGCCACAUCGGAAAAAUCAGAGGAAAUCUACAGUCGGGAAGGGAUUCAUAUGGCACCAUUCCUGAGUGGAUCAUUUUGUAAUGCAGUCUGCUGAAAAUGACGGAAAGCGCCACCCUGUGGUCAAAAUUGAGAUUGCCACGAAAGACAUUGAAGCGGAUAGUGCACGCCUCAAAUUUGUCAGGAAAACCACGAGGAAUGAAGUCAUAUGAAUCCCAUUCCUACUGUAAGUCGUUAGAUUCUAUAGUUUAUACUAUAUAUAUAUGUAUAUUUUAGUUUUUCAGACUGUACAAUGCCCAACUGAUGACACUGUGUGAACUAGAUGGAUUUAUUGCAACCUAUGGAUUGCCAAAGAGCUGUGUCAGUGCUGCCCAAUCGUGAAGAGACGUACCUUUCUUGGACACACAAUCGAGCCUUAAGCUACCCCACACAAUUCGCUGUAUCGGAGGACAGCCAUGGAGGAGGGCCAGUGCCACACCAGAGCGGCGGACAGAGACGAUGUCUUACGUGCGGAGGCCUGAGAUCGCUCGUAACAACGACAAAGAUGUCACGGUUUAGCCUGUCGUUAAAAAAAAACGUGCAUUAGUGUGUGAAAACAGCAAUGCACAAAGUGUGUUUUCUAUGUUAAUGACUUAUUUCAUCGUUUUGGUCAUUUGCAGUUUUGACAAGAAAGUGCUUUAACCCUUGGGGAUCCUCCAAAUGUGGUGAAUGUUGUAGGCGCCAGGGACCCGAAAGGGCUUCAGUCAAAAAAGUAAGUUUCUUUUUUUUUUUCAUGACUAUUUACAUUGUAGAUUGUCACUGAAGGCAUCACAACUAUGAAUGAACACAUGUGGAGUUAUGUACUUAACAAAAAAAAGGUGAAAUAACUGAAAACAUGUUUUAUAUUCUAGUUUCCUCAAAAUAGCCACCCUUUGCUCCGAUUACUGUGCUUUGCACACUCUUGGCAUUCUCUCCAUGAGCUUCAUUAGGUAGUCGCCUGAAAUGGUUUACACUUCACAGGUGUCGUAGUUUUGAUGCCUUCAGUGACAAUCUACAAUGUAAAUAGUCUUGAAAAUAAAUAAAACGCAUUGAAAUGAGCUGUGUCCAAAC